GACCCACUUCUGGGCCGUGGAGCCUCCCACAGCAAGCCGGUGCCAGGAAGCCGUGGUAGCCAAGGAAGUUCCACAUCUGCCGUCAAAAGUUUGAAGACGUGGUAUUACUCGCUUGCUCGCUCGCUGCUGUUUGGAGCGUUCACCCCAGGCUCUUCGCUUCUUUCACAUUUUCUCCUGUGGAAAAAAAAGACAGUGCAAUAUGUCCGUCGCUGGAAUUAAGAAGCAAUUUUACAAAGCCAGUCAAAUGGUGAGCGAGAAGGUUGGAGGCGCUGAGGGAACCAAGUUGGAUGAAGACUUCAAGGACCUUGAAAGAAGAGCAGAUGUUACCAGUAAAGCCUUCAUUGAAGUAGUCAACAAAACAACAGACUACCUCCAACCCAACCCAGCCACCAGAGCUAAACUGGUCAUGGUCAACAAGGUGUCUAAAUUACGUGGGCAAACGAACGAUGGUCCUGGCUACCAGCAGCCCGAGGGAGUGCUUGGCGAAGUCAUGAUGAAAUAUGGACAAUGCAUGGGCAACAACAACAACUUCGGUGGUGCUCUUAUUGAGAUUGGAGAAUCAAUGAAGGAACUGGCUGUGGUCAAGAGCAGAUUGGAUAUUGAUGUUAAGCAGAAUGUCAUUGAUCCAAUGCAAGAAGUGGUCGAGAAGGACAUUAAAGAUAUCCAGCAAAAACUGAAGAAACUCGAAGGCCGCCGCCUGGACUAUGACUAUAAAAAAAAACGCCAGGGUAAAAUACAUGAUGAUGAAAUCAGGCAGGCCCUGGAGAAGUUCCACGAGUCCAAAGAGGCGGCUGAGAGUUCCAUGCACGACCUUCUGGAGACUGAUGUGGAGCAGGUGACCCAGCUGUCCUUUUUUGUAGAGUCUCUGCUGCAGUACCACAGGGGUGCCACAGAGAUUCUGGAGAACCUUUCUGUGAACCUGAAAAAAAGGGUGACUGAGAGUCAGUCCCAACCCAGGAGAGAAUACAAACCCAAGCCAAGACAGUCCUUUGACUACGGCGAGGCCGAGCAGUCCAACGGGGGUUAUACAUCAGCUAUGACAAGCCCUCCAGCUUACACCCCAGUACCUCCACCACAUCCAGAUUCAUCCUUCCAAAGAAGUUCGAUCAGGAACAGAGCGUCGGAAGAGCCAUGCUGUAAAGCUCUGUACGACUUUGACCCCGAGAACGGGAGCGAGCUGGGCUUUCGUGAGGGAGACAUCAUCACGUUGGUCAGCCAAAUCGAUGAGAAUUGGUUUGAGGGAAGGCUUCGUGGCAAGACAGGAUACUUCCCCAACAACUAUGUUGAAGUGGUUGUUCCACUCUCGCAGUGAACACAGCGCACAGGAUGAAACGUGGAAUGUAAGAGGAUUAUCAAGUCCAACAAGCGACAUAUUUGUGGAAAAACUACCCAUCUCAUGACAUCUGCCUCUUUUGCUAUCUAGAACAUAUUUGGUCUAAUAUUACAUUACCAAGGACAUUUAAAUCAUUUU